GCCUCGUCGUCCGAGCACCGCUCCACAGACCCGCACCGAGCCCCGGACCCGGCGCUGCUGGAGAGGGUUCGCGCGAACCUGGGCGCCCGCUGGAGCGACGCACCGCUGGUCGACUUCGAGCCGCUGCACGCCGGCGAGGGCGGCGGCGUGGCCGUGCCGCCGGCCUCCAAGUGGACGGGGUCCAUCAGCGGGGUCAUGCCCACGUUCCGCAUCGAGAAGAUCAACGCCCCCCUGGUGCGGGAC